AUGGCUUCCUGUACCAGCCUUGCCUACGCAACUCUCGCUGAAGUUACUUCGGCGGACGCAUUGUUGUACGGCAACUUUCGAUAUCCAGAGUCGAAUGAUGUGGUAAUAGUACGUGGCAAACAAUUAGCACUCUACACCUUGCUCUCAAGAUCGGAUGACACCUUCGUUCCUUUUGACAGAUAUGACGUACAAAAUUACAAACGUAUGACCAAUACCGAUGGUGAAUGUCGUUACGGGCGUUUUGCCACAACGGAGUCUCUGCGCUUCAUAUCAGAGACUACAUUGAUGGACGCUCCGCUGGCAGCACAUGUGCUACAUGACGGCGUAUUCCACAGUUACCAUCGCAUUAAUGCUGACAUACCAUCAACAUUGGAUGAAUAUGAUCCGACAUCGCCUGUCGAAGGAGAUGCUGUUCACCCCGAGCCCUCACGGGUGAAAGGUGGAUACCCCUUUAAAUCGUACAAGGUUUAUGCAACCAGUGCUUUGGCGUUGGUAUUUGAGAAUGGAAGGGUGUUGGUAUGUGCGUUUAACACACUGCAAAAUGCAUUUGUCACUUUGUCGUUACAUGUCAUCGACCAACGUGUCGAUGCGAAGGACGAUUCGCAAUAUUCAUCAUUACCCCUUGGUGACAAGCAGCGUCUAACAUCGUUAAAGGAGACCCAUGUAUCGGUAUGUCAACUCGAUGGUUGGCGUUGUGUUUAUUAUCGUACUAUUGGGAAGCAACGUUUCGCAGUAUAUGAACAUCGGUUCGUGAUCGCCUUGUGUCAUAACGAACGGAUAGUCUAUCUAAUUCCUCUGAUAUCGGAGUUCCUAUGCCCUGCAACAGCCACGGAACAUCAAUAUCAGCCGUUUUCAGAACACCAGGAGGGCGGUGUGCGACCUUCAGACACCGAACACCAUAGCAUGUUUAUGGUCCCCUGGUUAAGGAUGGGUACUAUAAUUGAGUUUGAUGUUGAUUUAAAGUUAGGUUUAUGUGAUGGUCGAUACUUCGUUCGUGGUCUUGACGUUAUUUCCGAUGCUAACGGUUGUAUUUUAGGUCUUUUAUUGGCAACAAAACCCGAGACUGUCGGCACACAUGUUGUAGAUGGUGUUGACUAUGUGAUUGGCGGUAUGAGUUUCGUUGCUGUUGCUCUAAACAGUGUAACCCGCCGAUGCAACGUGGUCCAACGUAUUGACAGGUUACCUAUGGAUACAGUUGAGAUUAUGGGUGUCCCGAGGUACUUGCAUGGUGCACCUACUUUUAUAUUCCGUUCUUUGGAUUUUGUAAUGUGGGUUACUUUAAUGUCACCGACAUUAUUCUGGCAAUUUGUUUCACCUGUAGGGUUGUUGAAUACGAAUUUCGAUAACAAAGAGAAUUGUGGUCAUGAUUUUGUGUUCCUGAAUGCCAUGCAACUUAACCUGGACAUUCGUGAUCAUAUGCUUGCGGUGGCUGGAGAUUACUUCGUAUUGGUUCCUCGUAAAAGGGGUUCAAUAUAUAUCGGUAAGCCUGUUUCUACGUAUGACGGUACAUUGCAAGACAUAUUUUGGUCGAAAUUGUCAACUUUGGAUUUUGAAAUCUCUUCAUCACAGUUUGUAACUGUUGACGACAAUUUGGAAUUUUUGGCUACUGGUAGUGGUGUUUCUAUUUCACGUUUUUCGGUCACUUUACCUUCUGGUUUUGUUGAAUUCGAUUGUAAUUCGAACAAAUGUGACGGUACAAUGGUAUCAUGUGAAAUAGCAAUCCCUGAGAUUCCCACCAGAGUGUUAUUCAAAAUAUCGCCACUCUACGAGUCCUUUAUCGGUUCUAUCGGUGACGGUUCUUUUUAUCCAUUAUCUAUGAUUGCUAAUCAUGGCGCUGUGCGCGACCCUAAAAAUGUAUCGCUUCCGGAAUUAUGGCAGGUAGGAUGUAUCCGCCCUGCCAAAGGUUCAGUAGAUGAGGACCAAUCAGCUCGUAAGUCUCGUAUAGCUGCUAAAUUCAAGGCACAACGACGCCCAUAUGCUGUAAACGAUCGUCAGGUGAUCGAGGUGGCAACUGUGGAUUACCUAUGGCCUCAACAACAGUCACUAAUUGGUGUAUGUGACGACAGUAAGCUGGUCGUCCUAAUGGAGAAAUACCCACUCCAUACGGUUAUAUCUGUACCUUUGCAGAGUAGCUCCGUUUUGCUGCCUCUGGAGUAUACUAGUGUACAACCCAGUGGCGAUGCAGAGCAUCUCCGUGACACGCGUAUGUUGGUGACAUGGAAGGACCGUACCGCUCCAGUGACCCUAAAUGACGAUCUUUUGUGUAUCCAGGGUAACCACCCGUUUGAUCGUCGUAAACCGCCUCAAAAUGAGUCUGUAACUGACCCUGGUGACCUAGAACUGUCAACAGAUGAACGUACUCUGGUAUAUGCUACUGUGUUAGGUAACACUUUUGCGGUUCAGAUAACACCUAAGCAGGCCAUUUUCAUUGACCUUGUUGAAAAUAAGCGUGUUUGUUCCAAGGAUCUAACAUGUUUCGAUGACGUUAGUGACAGUAUCGUGUGUUUGUCUGAGGUAUCGGAUGACCAUAUAUUCUGUAUGUUCAGUAGCGGUAAUGUAUGUGUAAUUGGAAUCUCGCAUGGUCCCACUUUGGCAUUGAAAAGGAAAAUCGGUGGUGGUAUUGUGCGUUACAUAAGUUUAUAUAGACCUAAACGUGUGAACAAUGUGUUUGGUGGUCUAUGUUUAUUGGUUCUAACUUCUAAGGACAUGUUAUUUUGUUAUCGUAUGGACAAUUUUACACGCAUUUUCGCUUUUAGCGGUAUCACACAGGUAUUCCCGCAGCUCUUCAAUGAGGAUUCGUUAUGUUUUGAUAUGGAAGAGGUUGAAGAGGAUGUUGUAGAAGUUAGCAAUUCUGGUAGUAACUGCGCCGUCGGUAAACGUACUAGGGGUUCAAAGCCGGCUGCCACUAAAGUUGAUUUGGAAGAGACGUGUACUAAAAAAGGGCGUACUAAAGGACGCAAGACCGAGCCUAUAACCAAAGAGUUAGAACCAUGUCUAUCGGAGCCAUCGGAUAUCGUUUCGCAGGAGUAUAGCCAACCGUCGCAAGAAUUUGUGUCAAAAACUAUCUCUCGAUGGAAGAAAGCACGUGAGCAUGAGUAUACCUUUGAAUACGUUUUAUCUAUCAAAAUGUUAGACGUAUCACCUACUGACCUUGGUCCUACAUUGGUUAUACUAAUGACAGGUCGGCCAUUGCUCAUCUACAGGUCAUAUUUGUUGGCAGGUAAGGACUAUGUAUUCCAGCUGUUUCCUCACAAAUUCGUUAACCCUAUCCCGAGUGCUGUGGCUAAGGUUGACGGUAAAGGGUCAUCUCAGCAGUUGCUAUUGAUGCGUUUGCGUAAAACUCGUGCCGUUGAAGGGUCUUGCAUCAGUGGUGCCCUGUUGACUCACGUUAACCUUGACCAAUUUGAUGUGAACCAUGUAACGGUAUCAUAUCCUCAUAUAUCUGCGGAGGACGCUGUGUAUUAUCUUGUUGGUGCUGAGAGUAACGAGCUUAGUGCAUCGGCGAAGCCAUUGGCACGUACAAAAUUGGUUUCCACUCCAGAAUUGAAAUGCGCAAUGGAAGUUCAUACUACGCGUUGGAAAAACUUUCGCCCCCCCUCUUUACGUCUAACAUCGGUGGGUAACAGGUUACGUCUCCAUGAGUAUGACAUGGAGAAUGCAAUUGACGUGGAGACAGUAUUGGGAGAUUCUGAGUCUCGUGUAACAUCUUUAUAUAGCGUGGUUACUCACAGCGCUCGCUACAUAGUUUUUCUGACACUUCCUGGAAGCCUAGUGUUAUGUGUCCCAGGAUCGUUACAUCAGGAUACCUCUAUCAAUGGUGACUUGAGUUUACAGGAGAUAAUAGCGGGUUCUGAUGAGCCUGAAUAUCUAAGUGCGAAACGUCCAGUUGAGACCACCUAUAACCCAUUGUAUUGCCGUUUACGUAGUGAUGAUUGGCAAGUUGUAAGUGCCGAUCUGAGCUGUAGGAGGUUGUCUGACCAUGCUGGUGGUCUUGAUUUCACUAGUGACUUUAUAUCCCAAAAGUACCAUUUGGGUGAUUUACACGGUGGUUGUACGGCAGUAUCUCACAAGAACUAUUAUUUAUCUAAAGGUGUGAUCCGUGCAAAUCGUAACGCUACUAUCGCUACUUUACCUUCCGGUAGUGAUAUCCAUGCGGUAUUUUGUGGGAAGUUGGUUGGUCUUGUGGUUCGCAAGCCUAUCCCUGCAAGGCAGGAGCUUGUUGGUGUACUUAAUGAUCGUAUAAAUUUACAACUUCGUCAAUUGGAAUCUGAACAACUUCCACCUGGUACAAAGCCUAUCGACAUUAUUGAACCUAACAAGCAGAUUUGUACAUUGAUUCAGACUCUCGAUUUGCUGCCCAAAGAUACAUCUGCUUCUGAACCGUUAUGGCGUGACACAGUUUUGAUAUUCCACAUGGGUGAUUUACAAUGUUGGUAUGGCGAGUAUGUUGUGGAGCCUAUGGAAUCCGUUCUUUCUCUUACAUUUGGCAUUAUUGGCAACCGGGAAUACUUAUUAGUCGGUACGUGUACUAACUUGGGUGAGAAUGUGGAAUCUAAAGGUGACGUUGUGGUUAUUGAUUUGCAAUCUUUGUUCCAGAAACAGCGUGUUAAUGAACCUGGCGACGAUGUAUCUAAGGAUAAUAUAGUGAGGCGUUCACCAAACUGUGUGACCUUAAACCAAUAUUGUAAACGUAUAUUCCCCGGUCCCGUUACUUUUCUAUCAUCACUGAAUACCGAUUUUGAUUUAAUAUUUCGUCCUAAUUUUAGAUUCCAUGAGGACGUUGCUAAUAUUGUGAAAUCUGAGAAUGUGAUGAUAUAUGGUAACGAGGACAGUGGUCGUUGGACAGUGACCCAUUUUUCACCUAACUUUGGGUUAUUUGUGCAUUCAGUUGGUCCACGUCUAUUUGUUCAUGAGGUUUCUGGAAGGCAGUUUUUACGUGGCGCUUUUGCGGAGGUGCCACUAUGUGUAUCAUCAGCCUGUGUAUUCGAUAAGUAUGUUGUCGCCUGUGAUUUGAACCAGGGUGUUCAUUUUUUCAUGUAUCGGCAUGAUGCUGUGAACGAUUCUCGUACACUUUGCAAGAUCAGUUCUACUGUGAAGAAGGUUGACCUUUCUGUAGUUGCUUGUGCGCCUUUGGUGAACAGUGAUGCUUUGGGUUUGGUUAUCAGUGACUAUUAUGGUAACAUGUUGUUAUUUCGUAGUGAGAGUGAGAAAAGUGGUCGUGAGACUCUUAUAGUUUCGUCUGGUUUACGUUUACCUACCCGUGUUACCCAUUUUGUACGUCGUCAACCUGAUUUCAGGCACAUAUGGGUUCCAUCUGGUGUUCUUGGAUUUUGUGCAGACGGUAGUGUGUUAUCUGUGUUAAUGCCUGAGUCACAAUCUUUUCAAUUUUUCAAGAGUGUGCAAUCGGCAAUGGAAUCUUUAUCAGCAGUUCCGCUUGGUGUACCACGUGCUGAAUGCCCGUUAUACACUUCACAGAUGUCACAAACUCAGGCUGUGUGGCCUGGUGAUGAGGCUGUGUUACACCUGGAUGUUUUGCGCCAACUACCGUUUCGAAGUGCUUCGUUUCUAUCAAACGUAGUGUCGAAACUAUCUGAGGAUGGUGGGUUGCUUCCCUAUCAGCUGCUUAACGCUAUGUACAGCACAUUGCUGUCAGUUUAA